UGUGGUGCUGGGCUGGCACCUCCCAAACGCUGGGUAGCGACGGCUCCUCCCUGGGCAGCUUCGCCUUGUCCCCCCACCCCUGGGUUGGGAUAUAAAGUCCCCCGGGAGCAGCCGUAGCCCCAGACACCCCGCUCCGGCGAGACUGACACGAGUGCAGCUCCAGCGCCAGCAGCUCCGCUCGCAGGAGAGGGACCCGCAGCUCCAGCAUGGCAAACAAAUGCAAAGUUCCGUGCCAGCAGUUCCAGACCUGCCAGGACAUUGCGAAAGGAGUGUGCUGUGUACCAGUUCCUCGGGAGGACGUCGCCUACGUGACCUGCACCUACAGGAAUACGUGCAUUGAGAAGCCUGACUUCCUGGCCACUAUCGACCUUGACCCCUGCUCGCCCUGCUAUGGCCAGGUGAUCCACCGCCUGUUCAUGCCCAACCUUGGGGACGAGCUGCAUUCGUUUGGCUUGAGCGAUCCCUGCGUCUGCCCUGACAAUUGCGGCACACGAUGGAACAAGCUGAUUGUGCCCGGUUUGAUUUCUUCCCGCAUUUACGUGGUGGAUUUGGCAUGCCAGUGCCGCGCUCCCCGGGUGUGCAAGAUCAUCCCGCCCGAGUGCGUCUUCUGGACGUGUGACAAGGGCUACCUCAACGUCCCCCGCCAGCUGCCGUGCGGUGACGUCCUGAUUGCCAACGUGGGAGACCCGGCCGGCAACUCCAAAGGUGGGUUUGUGGUGCUGGAUGGACAGAACUUUGAGCUGAAGGGGAACUGGGAGAAGGACUGCGAGUCUCCCGCCGGCGGGUACCAGUUCUGGUUCCAGCCGUGCCUCGACGUCCUGAUCAGCACGUCUGGAUUUGCCCUCAAUGUCGUGGGACGCGGGUUCUGCCCUGACGACCUCAAGAAAGGGGUCUUCGGGCGCAACAUCUACGUGUGGAACUUGUCGUGCCGCAGAGUCAUCCAGUGCAUUGACCUGGGGGAGGACUCCCUGCCCCUGAGCGUGAAAUUCCUGCACAACCGUAACGCUGCCGAGGGCUACGUCAGCUGCGCCCUGAGCGGCGUCAUCUACCGCUUCUACAAGUGCCAGAGAGACUGCUGGGAGGUGGAAGAGGUGAUUCGCAUCCCAGACAAGGAGGUGAAGAACUGGAUCAUGCCCAGGAUGCCAGCCUUCAUCGUGGACAUCGUCAUCUCCCCGGAUGACCGGUUCCUGUACGUCAGCAACUGGUGGCACGGAGACGUCCGCCAGUACGAGCUGACCAGGGGCUGCAAGCCCCGGCUGGUGGGACAGGUGUUCGUAGGAGGCAGCAUCGUGCGCUGUGGGCCCGUGGCCGUGUGCCGGGACGAGGAGCUGAAGUGCCAGCCCGAGCCCUUGGUGGUCAAGUGCCGCAGGGUGUACGGCGGCCCCAGCCGCUUGCAGCUCAGCCGGGACGGCAAGAGGCUGUACGUCACCACCUCCUUCUACAGCGCCUGGGACAGGCAGUUCUACCCCGACAUGGUCCGGGAAGGCGCCGUCAUGGUGCUGAUCGAUGUGGACACCGAGAGAGGAGGCCUGACCGUGAACAAGGACUUCCUGGUGGAUUUCGGAAAGGAGCCCUGCGGCCCGUGCCUGGCUAAUGCCAUCCACUUCCCUUGCGGAGACGCCACCACCGAGGUCUUUUCCUAAGCGCCCCAGCCAGGUUCCCUCUUCCUUGCUCUUCCACUGCGCGGCCGUUAACGAAGAGCACGGGGUUAUUGGGUCUGGGGUCUCGGGUUCUGCUAACGUGAGCUGGGGUUGGGUCAGCGGAGCGGUGACAAGGACGCUGGGGCACAGCGAGGCCAAGGGCAGCCGAGCGCCCAGUGUGGCCGAGCUCCCGCUCCUCAGCCGGGUCCUUCCUGGAGCCUCUUCCCCCGGCACGAGCUCUCGGCAGCUGCUCCCGGCUCAGGGCGACCGAGACACGGCCGAGGAGCACGAGGUGCAGGAUGGUGGAGAGAGGGGCCUGUUCCAUGACGCUACUUCGCUUUGUGUUCUGCUUCAACCACCAAUAAAAGUGUUCUGUGCAUCA